AUGCCCUCCAUUGCACAAGCUGGUGAUCUGCCAAAGUUGAAAGUUCCAGAGCUCUCUGCGACGCUCAACAAGUUGACGCGAGCACUCACUGCACUGACCAAUGAGUCCGAGCGUGAGGAGCUUGAGGAGAAGGUUGAGAAGUUCAAGAGAUGCUCUGUCUCGAAGAUCUUGCAGAGCCACUUACAACGACUCUAUGAGCGCGAGGAUUGUUAUCUGGACCACUUGCAGUUGGACCAUAUCCUCAUUGACAUGAAAGCGCUCCCACGGAACCCGUUCCUGGUGUUGGAGGACGAUCCACUGCGCCACUUCACCAUCCCACAGGACCAGGCUGGCCGUGCCGGGGUGCUGACGAUGAGUGCGCUGAAGUUUGUGUGUUCGCUGCGUAAAGGUGAUUUGACCGAAGAUGCCACGAGAAGCGGCGAGCGCUUGACGAUGAAGCCGUACUGGAAUCUGUUUGGUACCACGAGGGUUCCGGAGAUGAGUGGGAUCAAGACCAAGACGAACACAACGUCUGAUUACAUCCUGAUCGUGUCAAAGUCCCAGUUUUACACGCUCAAGGUUAUCAAUGACAGCCAUGAGCUUCUGCAUACUGCCGAUGAACUGGCGACGAUCUUCCGUCAAGUGAUGGAAGAGUCGUAUCACGUUGCCAACCCCAACAGAUCUGCCGUUGGCUCUAUCACCUCUGACUCGUACAAGAACUGGCGACACGCACGUGAGGUGUUACAGACCGAGUACAAGGAUAACAUGGCGAAGGUUGACUCCGCGCUGUUCGUGUUGGUACUUGACCACUCUGAGCCAGAGGACACGGAUGAAGAAUUGGCCAAGUGCAUCUCUGUGGGCUCCAUGAACAUCAACGAACGCGGUGUUCAAACUGGUUCUUGUAUCUCGAGAUGGUAUGACAAGAUGCAGCUAGUUGUGACGAAAACCGCAGUUGCUGGUGUCAUUUGGGACUCGUUCAGCCAGGAUGGAACCACGGUGCUGAGAUUUACCUCUGACAUUUAUGCUGAUUCUGUGCUCAGAUUGACCGAUGGUGAUUACAGCUUGUUCCCAACUGUGAAGACCCCCAAACCCGGUGCUGAUAAGCCGGUGCCUGAGAAGAUGGAAUGGAACUUCCGUUCAGACAUGAUGACCUUUAUCCAUCUCUCAGAAACACGUUUGACAGACCUGAUCUGCUCCCAUACUACAAACACCGCUAUCUUACACUAUGGACGCCGUUUCGCAAGAAAGAUGGGUGUCAAAUCUGACUCCUUGAUCCAAGUUGCUCUACAAAUUGCACAGUACGCGUUGUACGGUAAGCCAAUCUCCACCGUGGAGCCGGUCUCCACGCGUCUUUUCCGUGAUUCGAGAUCUGAACUUCUUGCUCUUCAGGAUGAAACCAUUACAAAGGCAUGCCAGGUGUUUGUGAGUUCCGAUUCGUCCCACAACCGUUGGAUUGCCUUCAAAGAGGCGUGUCAGUUCCAUCUCGAGGCACUUAACCAAGCUGCUCAUGGUGACGGUUUUGAAAAGCAUCUAAAGGCUCUUCAGAACGUGUACAUUCAGCGUGAGGUGUUCAACCAAUUGGCUCCGGAAUUCAAGAUCCCUGAUGAGGAACCACCAUUGUUGUUUGACGAUGCCGUCUACCCGUUGUUUGUUCCUGAGAUGAUUGCCUCCAACUGCGGUAACCCAGCCAUGCGUCUGUUUGGGCUGACACCAGCUAUUCACAAUGGGUUCGGAAUUGGCUAUAUCAUCAAGGACGAUGUUACAGAGUUCUGUCUCAUGUCUCAGUAUCGUCAAGGCGACCGCUUCUUGUCUACUUUGGACUGGGUUUUCCACCAAAUCUCUUCUAUUUGGAAAGCAGAGAAAGGUGAAGAGAGUAGAAGAAGAAACUCCAGCGUCUCCCAUGCUAUUCAGACAGCUCCAAUGUCGAGAACCACCACGCUCAGCUCAAGUGGAGAGGAUGAACACCUGGCAUUGGGUGGGUAUGGCUACUUCGACAUUGAAGACCUGACUCUGCGUUCAGUCGGGCCAUCCCAUGUUGCAACACCGGUGUUGUCCCAUGCGAACUCCACGACAGACCUGUUGAAAAUGGACAAGGGCUUUGGCAAGACCGUUCAGAUGAGUCUCUCUGAGAGGCUACGUGAGGGCUUCGAGAAGCAUGGCCACAAUUCUGGCAGCUCUUCCAACGCUGGCUCUCUUGAUGGGAACAACUUGGACAGAUUCGACGCAAAAUUCGACAGAGGAGAAGUUGGAAAGAGACUUGACUCCUACGAUGACGAAUAG